CACGCUCUACUAGACUAGCAUAGAUUUCAACAACAUUUGCCGCUAAAAUUGUUGGAGACGCAAAGAAAGAUCCAGAAAUAACAGAAAGACAGGACUGUGGUGUUGUGGCAUGAGAAGAAACUUGGUCUGCUUGGUCCAGACGCCAGAAGAAAGCCAUCUGGCAAAUGUCACAAAGUGUCUUGCUUACUUUUGCCAAACAGCACAGGAACCUACUAACCUCGGACUGAGGAGACCGACCUUGGACCUUUUGGGCGCAACCAUAGACGCUGCAUGUGGAGAGGAGUCACCAAGGCCUAUGAAGGAACACCAUGCCUACCGGGAAACAUGGAGGUGGAUCACUGACCUUGUGGAGACUGGAAGUGCAGCUCAGAAGAAGACAGACAGUGGAAGCAUCAUCAUCAUCAUCAUCAUCAUCUGCAGCAGCAGCAACAGCACAAGUACUAGAAGUAGUACUAGAGGUAGUAGUACUAGUAGAAGCAGUAGUAGUACAAGAAGUAGUAGUACUAGAGGUAGUAGUACUAGUAGAAGCAGUAGUAGUACAAGAAGUAGUAGUACUAGAAGCAGUAGUAGUACUAGUAGAAGUAGAAGUAUUAGUAUUUGUUAGCAUCAUGGACGCCCUGAAGAAAGGUUUCUCCAUGGCCAAGGGUGGCGUGGUGGCGGCGGCAGAGAAGACCAAGGCUGGCGUGGAGGAGGCGGCCGUCAAGACCAAGGAGGGCGUCAUGUUUGUCGGAAACAAGACCAUGGAGGGCGUGGUGACUGGCGUGAACACUGUGUCCCAGAAGACGGGCGAACAAGCCAACAUGGUGGCAGACACAGCAGUUUCAGGAGCCAACGAGGUCGCUCAGGCCACCGUAGAUUCUGUGGAGAAUGCAGCCUUGGCCAGUGGAUUUGUCACCGUGACUCAUGUUCCAAAAGCAGAAGCUGGAGAAAAAGAGAGUGAACAAGCUGCUCAGUAGGUCUGCUGGUCUCCAUGGCAGCCAAGACAACACCUUUCAAUCUCACCAUCACACACUUCUUCUUCUUCUUCUUCUUCUUCUUCUUCUUCUUCUUCUUCUUCUUCUUCUCGGCUCUCAGCUCAUUGGUCACUCUGUCAUGACGUCACUGCAACCUGGCCCCCGCCCCCAGCAGAAAGACAACCAAGGACUUUUGCAUGCAUGUAGCCUUGCUCGCUCACGCACACACACACACACACACACACACACACACACACACACACACACACACACACACACACACACACACACACACACACACACACACACACACGCACCCGCAUGCACACACACACACACACACACACUUAAACACAAUGUCACUAUUUGAGCUCCUGUAACUCAUUUUUGUAAAAACAAUAAAAAUGCAUAAAUCCCA